GCAGUCCCGUGUGCGACAGCAGCAGGCCAUCCCACGGAUACCUUGCUUGUCAAGAAUAGCAAACCGCACUGCGGUCGAGCAACGCCCAAGCUUGACAACAUGGCCGCUCUUCGCCCGGCGAGAGUGUCUCGCAGCAUUUCGGGCCUCUGUUCCCGCGCUCAGUCUUUCAGCACGUCUACGCCAGCACGUGCAUCUCGGAUACCACCCGAGUCACCUCGCUACAUCAAUGUCCCCAAUCCGCCGCAAGACCAGUCCGUCGAGGCUCGACGGGAGUCCAAGAAGUCCCGCGGCCACCUUCCUGUCCCGAAAGACGUCUUCCGUUGGAAGAAGGACGACUACCAACCGACACAAGACGUCCUCGAUAGCCUAGCCGCCGAGCCAACUUCAGAAAGUUCGAAGCAGCCUCCCCGUUCUGACAAGCAGGCCUGGAAGCGCUCUUUGGCUGCCAUGCGUCGAGAAAAUAUGCGCUCUGGUAUCCAAGACCUAUGGCAGCGCAAAAUCGUGUCGGAUCGCACCAUCGCCGAGUCACGAGCUCGGAAGAUCGCCCUCCAUCGCCGCGCCGCCCUGGCACCGGAAAGCGCAGCAGACCGUCUUACGCGCGCUAGUGUCGACCCAGAAACCCUCAAGACAGCAGUUGCUCCUGAUCCUUUACGCUUCGAGCGUGCUGAGGCAUCCAAGGCUCGUAGUGAGGCGCUGGAGCAGCGCCGUUCGGAGCGCCGCAUAGAUGCAGUGCAAGAGCUGUACAUGAAUGCUAGAAAUUUCAUUGUCACGGAAAAGGAACUUGAAGCCAGGGUCGAGAAGGAAUUUGCGGCCGACCACUUCACGUCCAUGGGCCUGUCCAGCUCCGGACGCCCUAUGCACAACAUUUGGGAUUUCGAAGGCAAGCCGAAAUCCAUGACGGAUAUGAUGCGGGAAGUCAGUCGGACGACGAACGAUCUUGUUUCAAGCACGACCCAAGACGCUACGCGUACACUGAAGCGCCAAAAACUAGUUGCUGAGCAGCUUACGGGUGGUAAAAUGGACUAAGGGAUGAUGCAUUGGCAUAAGGGUGAAGCAAAUAGCAUAUUUUAGGCACGCGUCAAGCCCGCAACUCUGUACAUUGUGUAUUAUUCCAUAACAGGCUCGUUCAAAGAAGCACGGUUCCGUUUUCA